GUCUGUCGGUCUGUGUACUGUUGGCCGGCUGUAUGUGUAGUGAGUGGUCUUAGCGAAAGUGCUCUCGAACUAACACAGAUAGCGAUAAACAUAACUUCGAAGAUUGCAACUAGAAAUAUUGAAGCAAUGACUGUUGACACUCAGACGUAUUCGUCGAUCACAGAGCAUCAGGAUACGCACAUUUACACAUCAGGCAAACGAAGAGAUUAUGAAUGGCAAAUAGUUUGGCGAAACGUGAUAGCAUUUAUAUAUUUACACGUUUCAAGCUUCUACGCGCUGUAUCUAAUAUUCACUGGACAAUGCAAACUGUCAACUUUUUUCUUCGCUAUAUUCUUCGCAUCAACGUCAGCAAUGGGUGUGACGGCAGGAGCACACAGACUCUGGGCACAUCGAGCGUACAAAGCCAGGUGGCCGCUCAGACUGUUCCUAGCUAUCCUGCAGACAAUGGCCUUUCAGAAUCAUAUCUACGAAUGGGUCCGAGACCACAGGGUUCACCACAAGUUUACUGAAACGGAUGCUGAUCCUCACAACGCCAAACGGGGGUUCUUCUUCUCUCACAUUGGUUGGCUCAUGAUAAGAAAACACAAGGAUGUCUUCGAAAAGGGAGCGACUGUAGAUAUGUCUGACCUAGAGAAAGACUCUAUUGUUAUGUUCCAGAAGAAAACUUAUUUGGUGGUGAUGCCGCUACUUUGUUUCGUCAUACCCGCUUGGAUACCAGUGAAGCUGUGGAGUGAGAACCCAUGGUCAUCGUGGUACGUCGCUUCUAUUCUCCGCUACACAAUAUCACUGCACUUUACUUGGCUGGUUAACUCGGCUGCUCAUAUCUGGGGGAAUAGACCUUUUGACCAAUAUAUAGGCGCUACAGACAACAAAACUGUCGCAAUUCUCGCGUUCGGUGAGGGCUGGCAUAACUAUCACCACGUGUUCCCUUGGGAUUACAAAGCAGCAGAACUGGGCGACUACAGCACAAACCUAUCAACUGCUCUUAUCGACUUUGCUGCCAAAUAUGGUUUGGCAUAUGAUUUAAAAACGGUGUCAAUGGAUAUGAUCAGAAAAAGAGUGCUAAGGACAGGCGAUGGCUCUCAUCCAAUGGGAAAAGCGAAAGCUGGCCUUGAAGAACAUGAACAUCCAGAAAACCCCGUAUGGGGUUGGGAUGACACUGACAUGCCAGAAGAGGAUAAGAAAAUGGCUGAAAUUGCUCACAAACUUGACUAGUAAUAAGAAUCCGACAAAUUCGAUUGGAAUGCUGGAGUAUUAUAUACUACGACAUAGUUUCAACAGAAUACUGCAGAUGAUGACCUGGUGUUAAAUGCAUGAGAGUCAAACUGAUUGAUUUUAUGACCAAAAUGUGCCGAUAUAAUUUAUAUUUGACACUAUAAACAGAGCAUUUUAAUAAGUUUGCUCCUAGCAUUGUUAAGUUUUAAAGUACCAUGCAUAAAGUACAAAAGGUAUAUUAACGUUAAGACUGUACUAUUAAAUUAAUGGUGACUCUUCUGUGUUUAUAUUAUAGCAAAUUAUAGCUCUUAUAUAGCAUAGCAAACGACCAUAGACGGUGGCUAUAGACAUUAUAAUGUAUAGUGCUAUAUAUUUUUUUAUAGCACAACAGAUCUUUUUGACUGAGAUAAAUAUUAAAGCUACGUAUGUUGUCACUCGAAUAUUUUUAUGGAAAAUAUUAUAUAAUAUGUCUUGCUAUAACAUAUUAUAGUGCCGAUAGUGAAAGCUCAGUGGGAGGCUCCUUUGCACAGGAAGCCGGUUAGAUUAUGGGUUCCACAACGACGCCUAUUUCUGCCGUGAAGCAGUAUUGUGUAAACAUCACACUGUGUUUCGGUCUGAAGGGCGCCGUAGCUAGUGGAAUUACUAGGCAAAUGAGACUUGACAUCUUAUGUCUCAAGGUUUUUCUAGAAUCCUGAGCGGCACUGCAUUGUACUGGUUGGGGCGUAUCAAUUACCAUCAGCUGAGAGUCCUGCUCGUCUCAUCCCUUAUUUUCAUAAAAAAGUACUCUAUACUAUUUUCAUGAUAUCAAAGACGAUGCUUAAAUUCUUUGUAAAUAUUGUUAGAAGAAAACUAUCAGGAUGAAGUACAAUAAAAGGUAUAAAUAUAACUUUGGUAUUAAUUAAAUGAAUGCAACAUGUCUUCUUAACCUUAAAAUAAAUUACUUUAAUGAAAAGAAAAUUCUAGGUUCUGUGGUAGAGUCUGUGGUUGUUUUUUUAUUCUAAGUCUUAAGGACUGGUGGUAUAUUAUGACUGCUUGUACUAUACUAAAUAUAUUUUUGUGAUAUAAUUAUACUAGUAGGUUUUCCCUUAUUUUUGGGUUUCUAGGAUAAAGCAGAAAUAGGUUUAAUCAAAUAUUAAUUAUAAAAUUAACAGAAUUGUAACAGGAAGGAUUUCUGAAUUUAAUAUGGAUAAUAAAACGGUGGAUUAGCUUUUACAAUUUUAUAAUUAAUUAACACAAUAUUUUAAUACUUAUACAAGAUAUUUAAAUGGGUUCUAUUUAUUGAUAGUAUUACAUAUAAACCUUUUAUUUAUAAAUGACUUAAUUGAGUAUUAUAUCUAUAUUUCAUUGUCUAGAAUCUACUAAGAGUUAGAGUUUCCUCCCAUUUUAUUUUUAAGGACAUACUUAUUUUUGUGGAAUUGUAAAAAUAUUUAUUCUAGUUAGUAAAAGUAAAGUGUAAAUAAAAUCAACUUUUGUUUGAAA